AUGUUAUGCAUCUCACUAACUGACAUCAUAUACGCUUUUCCUUUUCCUUUUGUGAAAAACCCUAAAAUCCUAUACACCCAUCUUCAGACGCCGUUUCUCCCAUUUCUCUUAUGUAUCCCUAAACGUAACCACCAUUCCGCCUACCUCUUUGAAGUUGUCGCUACCUCCACUCUUUUGAGACAAUCGCUACUUCCACCCUCCGGCAGGCCUCCGCUACCAUCACCCACCUUACGUCGCUACAACAUAGAAGAGGAAGUUCACCUAUACUACCACCGACAUCCACCACCCCCCUUUACCACCCCACUUCUACCUUCUAUCGGGAAGAGAAACCCUAAACCUAUCCCACCGCCACCGUCAACGCCAACAUCACACACCGUUCACAGCUUUGGAUCUAACGUAGAGUCAUCGAACCGAAGUUUGUUUUUUGUUUCUUCCUUACAAACGAUGUUGCUUUCUCAAAGAUUUUAUGGCAGGACCAUUGAAGGCAGGAGAAUCGCACGACCAGAAGAGCAACAAAAUUUACAGCCGCCAACCCCCGACACCACCACCACCACCAAAUCUCCCUUCUACGACAUGUGGCUAUGUAGUGGCUUGAGUGAAUGCAUUCGAUUAUGGCUCACGGUGGUGUUCUAUUUUGUUGAAGGUCUGACUGUGGUGCUGAAGUUGAAUGAUUCAUGUUUAAAUCUUAUUGGAAAACGAGUGAAAAAGGCUGCCGAUGUUAAGGUAUUAUGUGUUUUGGCGAGCAUUGUUGAUGUUAAUCAUGUUUCUUCGUCUUCCUUCAUGUUUUAUUAUAUACAUCAGAAGUUAGAGCUUGCACAUUUUGACUUGCACAUAUCUGAAUCCUCAUAGCAUUUGGGAAUUUUAUGAAAUGAGGAAAUGGAUGAUGAUAUGCAGAUUUUAGGUCUUGAAGUGUCUUGAAAACACUGUAGUAGGAGAUGAAAUGUUUAGGGGUAUUUCAGGUGGGACAAAAAAAAGCGAGUCACAACAGGCGAAAUGAGACCUAUGACCUAUUUGAUGAUGUCAUACUUUUAGCAGAUGGACAAGUUGUGUAUCAAGGUAACAUCAAAGAAAGAUCAACAGCAAUACUGGAUAACAAAAAAUGAAGCUUACAGUUUUGAAUAUUCUUGCUCGGAUUUUAGAUUCUAGCAAACUAAUGAAAUUAAAGGGAGAAAUGAGCUUGCUUCUUUGACAUAUAUUUUUUAAACUUAAAAUCGUGAUGGGUAUUAUGUUUUUUUAGUUACAAGGGCAUAAAUGGUAAGGGGAAGAUGCUAUUAUGAGUAAAAUUACAGGUUUGGUGUUGUUAGUUGUUGUGUUGUACAGGAAUUUGAUGUUCGUAGUAAGAAUGAGCUUCUUGCAAAAGAACGUGCUGAGUUUAUCAAAUUAUUGCAGCAAGCCCAGAGUGAGGCUGCAUCUGCAUUUGGAAAUGAUGGUGCUCAUUUAGAAAAAUAAAUCCAAAAUCCAAGGCACAUUGAGUUCCUCUUUGGCUUCUGGUCUUGCAAUUGCUUCUCCAACAGAACAAAGAACUUUGAGGUUUUGGGACGAUUUGAUCAUUGAGUUGGAAUCGGGAAGACUGCUACACUGCUUCAUU